GGUUAAAUAUUUUCUCGGCUAGCGGGAUGGACGAAGGAGACGAAGCUACAAGCUACUGUUGGUACAAGAGCUACACGCUACUGUUGCUACAAGAUGAAGUUAAUGACCACUUGGGAAAUGUAGACCAUCUUGGCCUGACUCGCCCACGGUGCACGGCCGUAGACACUCAGGGCCCAACAGACAAUGGAACAAAAACAGGUGCAGGAGAUCUUGAAAAUGGGAACAUUCCUAUUGAGUUUGAAAAUGAGGAAAAGGAAGAGACAAUGAAAGAGCUAUUUCUAUGCACAGAUUGUGAUAAGCAAUAUUUCUCAAAGAAUGCCUUAAAGAGACACUCAAUGGUUCACAGUGGAAAGUACCAUUCAUGGUGCACAGAAUGCAGCGCUGGGUUUGUCUCCAGAUACCACUUAGAGGAUCACUUGCGCCAAAUGCAUGGCAGCCUUAAACUUGUUUGUUUCUUGUGCAAUAAGAAGAUGGCAUCAAGGCAAGGGAUGCAGAGGCAUGUUAAAGCUCACCAUGGGGACAGAGUUCAAUGUGACAUUUGCAAAAAGUCAUACCCUGAGGGCAGGAUUAAGGAGCAUAAAGUGAGAGCUCACUCCAAGUUGAACCAUUGCACAGAAUGCUCACUUUCAUUUGGCACCCCUAGCUGUAUGAAAUCACACAUGGUUGUGCAUGGAAGUCGAAAUUUUAAAUGUGCAGAGUGCACAUUUUGUACUAAACAUAAGUACUCGCUGAAUCGUCAUAUGCAGAGGCACAAGCCAGUGGACAAACAUUUGUGCACAAAGUGUGGGAAGAGUUUUCGUAGGAAGGACUAUCUAGUAUGUCAUGAGAAAGAUUGCAAGGGGUAUAUUCAGGAACUUUGGGGGGUGGAUACAAUUAAAUUAGAAUAAGACUGUUCACAUGAAAAAUCUAUUUUCUAUUCUUGUGAUCACUUCGAGUGCAGCGGAGAAUUAAUAAAGCUUUAAAAGUAACUGGCCCGCGCUGCCAGUAAUUACGUCGCGAGGUAUUCAGGGCCCAGGCCGUGAUCGCAAGAUAACGCGAAUAGAAAAUAGAUUUAAAAAAAAAAGACUUUCCAUGUGAAGAAGCCUAAGUAGCCUUUUAAAUAUUAAUAUGUUUUAAUAUGUAUUUGGUGUCAGUUUAUUUCUAUGGGUAUUGUGCAAGAGUCACGAAGUUUUCAAUUUCAUUAUAUUGUGCAAGAGUCACGAAGUUUUCAAUUUCAUUAUUUGGUGCCAUUUUUUAUUUGAAUAGUUUUAAUCAUGUAAAACAGCAAUGUUAUUGUGUUAUCUAGACAUUUUGAAUCUUUUUAUUUUUGAAACGGAAUUUAUGGUGCUGUGAUCAUGUUUGGAAAAACAUUUUUGAAUAAAUUUUGCUUUUCAUGUUUA